UUGUAAAUUCUAAAAAACUUUGUAGUUUCUGUUUGAAAUGUCUCGAGAGUCUGGUAGAAUUAGAGAUGUGGAAAAGAAGAGGGUUUUGGACGAUGUCAGUAGACAGCGGAGGGCUAGAAAGGCUUUAGAAGCUUUGGAGCAGGAUAAUUUUCAUGAUGACCCGCAUGCGGAUUUGGUUAUGUCUAAGAAAGUACCAAAGUUUCAGGAUAAUUUGGAUAAUAAAACCAGGAAGAAGAAGUCUAAGAGUGCAGAAUAUUAUAAAACAAGAUUUCGUAAGUCUCUAGCCCAAAUGAUAGAAGAUGACAAAUUGACAAACGAAAUUAACUAUUCUACUGCUGUAGCAAAGCCUUCAGAAAAACCGGACAGACAUUUCUGUGCGGUUUGUGGAUUUCCAAGUAACUACACUUGCACAACUUGUGGCAGUCGUUAUUGCUGUGUGAAAUGUCUUAAUACGCAUCAAGAUACCAGAUGUCUCAAAUGGACUGCUUAGUAAUUAUGUCGAUAUGUUU